ACCUCAGAGAGCAGUGGAUGUUCAGUCAGUGAGGAAAUGGACGAUUGUGGGUGAGAGACUUUGAAUGCCAGUGAACAGUGAUGAGGGCAGAGUCAAAGAAUUCACAUUCAACUUCCAGAGUAAUAGCACCGAGCAUGUGGCAACAGGGAAACCCAAUGAAAGUGUUUAUUCCGUUCUCAUGUCUACUGCGGUUUUCAAGAAAGAAAAAGAGAAAAGUGAGGGCAAGACAUUCCAUUUAAUCGGGAAAAGGGAAUUAAUGGGUGCCAUCAAUGUAGGAAUGCCUUGUAAAUGUCUGCCAGAGAAGACCCAUUUCGAAGUGAUAUUUUACCGGCUUAAAGGUGAGGUAUGCUAUUGGGAUGAGGACUCUUCAGGCAAGCAGUGUGUUGUAUUCUGUGUCAAGAGCACUGGAAAGACAGGAGGCCCACUUCGUACAGGUUCGAAACGUAUCAUCAAGUGUGGGUCUCUGCGAAAAGACGGACAUGAGUGCGUUUAUGCUUUUCAAGGUGAGACCAUUCGAGAGGCUCUGUGCAAGGACGGGAGGUUCUUAUCCAUCAUUGAACAGAAUGUAUGGAGCCUUGUCGAAGGGCACAGAUGUUUGCAGUUCACACUCACUGUCAAUGACCUCCAUGAUAAAUGUUUUGAAGUUCAAGUGAGCAAUGAAAACUAUAAGGCAAGAAACAAGAAUGAUGAUAAUAAUGAAAAUGCUGGCCCCAGGGAGAGACAGGAGCAGAACAGUGUGCCAGGAGAAGGGAAUACACUGCAUUGUAAGCUGGGAAAGCAGGUUGAUGAAUAUUUAGGAAAGCAAAAAGGCAAGAAGCAUGUCCUUAAAAAAUGGAAUCUGCUCAAGAAAGAAUUUGGGAAGAUCACAGCUGAUGGAGUUCCCAUUACAGUCUAUGAAAUGCUAGUGCGAUUGAGUGAGUCUGUUGGAUUUGUUAAAUGGGAUAACAACGGGAAUCAAGGCUGUGCCACUUGCUUUUACCUUGGUAAUAGUUACAUUCUGACAUGUUGCCACGUGGUGAAGAUGAUGGUAGGAGAUGGUGUGCCUGACAAUGAUUGGAAGACCAUUAUAGAGAAGGCCAUGACAAUAAACUUCUGCUAUAAAGAGAAGCAGCAGCCUGUCAGUGGCUGGUAUAACAUUGAACCGUGGUUUGAAGUGUAUAACUCAAAACUUGACUACGCAGUGCUUAGAUUGAAGAUCCCCAAUAGUCAGCCAUCUGUUCUACCUUCAGGUUUGUGGCAAACCAAAAACUGCCCUCCUUGGAAUGGAAUGGUCUACAUUAUAGGUCAUCCCGAUGAUGGUCACAAAUCCUCUGACACUUGUUUCAUUAUCCCUUUUCAAAAGAGAAAUAUUCAACGCUACAUGCAGGUUUUCAUGAAAUACACUUUCACAGAAAUCCAAAGUUCAGACAGGAUCACCUACAACAGCUGCUUUUUUAAUGGUGCCUCCGGAUCCCCUGUGUUCAAUUCCUCUGGUGAGCUGGUGGCAAUGCACGCUGCAGGAUAUGAAUAUGAAAUUGGCACUGAGAGAAACAGCGUGAUCGAAUAUGCUCCAACCAUUAAAGCCAUCACAGAUCACAUGAAGAUUCAUCAUCCAAGAUUCGACAUUACUUACCAAGUUCAUACCCAGGAUGACCAGAACAUCCCGUUCAAUAAUGAAGCAGACAUUCUAAUGGAUGUUGAGUAAA